CUAGUCGGAGCACGAUACUGACAGAUGGAGGGGCAACAUCUCCAGUUCUACAUCUGAAACAAGGGACUCUGAGAGAAGACUGCAGCUGGUUAUUAAAAAGGCUGCAAGAAGGGCAUGGGAAUACCUAAGUUCUCCAUCAACAGGCUGAAGAGGGCUGGACUGUUGCCACCAGCAGAAUGCUUCUAACAAUGACCGGGGAGAUUCUCAGCAGCACCCUUUCGGCUUCUGGAAGCGCUCACUCGGUGACCUCCCUGACCUUAGAACAAAAGGCAGCCUUUGUUCUCGUCUUCUUUCUUUUUAUAUUUCUUGGGCUUCUUAUUAUACGUUGUUUUCGGAUACUCCUCGAUCCGUACCGCAGCAUGCCGUCUUCCACAUGGACAGAUUACAUGGAGAAAGACACCUUUGACUACCGCUGGGCCUGACCCCUGCUGCUUCACAAUGACUUGAGGGAGUUUCACGCUUUCACUGGUGGCCUUCAAGAAAUCAGCCUUGAGGUUUACUUUUGGUGUAUUUUUCUACUCUUUAAAGCCUCUCUUGCUCUCUCUGUUGGUUGUUUACAUGGGUGGUAAUGCUUUGGAACCCCAGCUAACAUGUGUACAGGGAUUAGAACACUCUACCUUGAUUUUCCUUAAUUUUAUGAAAUUUUACCAAUACAGAAGACAAGCCUCAUACAACAGCAUGGUCCAUACAAGAC